GGCGAGCCUGGAUGACCCCUAUGCGGGCAUCCAAUCAGGCCCUAGAUUCUCCUGAGGCAAAUGGCUGCCACUGUCUCCGUGCACAAAAUCCAUCAUCUCGAAUCAGAUUCUGCGCACAAAGCUGGAGCAAAAGAACAGGCUCAGUUCCUAGCUUUCCCCCGCCGCAAGCGCUUUAUGCCGUCUCGCCUGCUGACAUCGAUCUUCUGGACACAUCUCGCCGGCCGUCCAUGGCGCAAAAGUCAGGAUGGUUACAUUCCCUCUGCAUUUCUUUUCCAGGAAUCGUAAAGCAGCUGCUUCAGAAGAGCUUGUUCAUCCGCUCUCGCCUACUUGUUCCUCUGCACCAAUAUAUAUAUGCCGCUGGUCAUCAGCUGAGCUUUCAUCCCACGGCGCGCAGGGGAUUUUCAGUUGGUCAGGCAGGCGAGAUAUGGGGGCGUCGCCGUCGCGGCAUGAGACGUCGUCCGACUCGCCGCGCGCCGGCGAGGGCCGCGCCGUGGCAGUGGCGGCGAGCAGCGCCGCUUCCGGCACCGGCAGCAACAGCAACCAGGCCCAAUCGAAGCGGGCGCCGGCUCCGCACAUGUUCCACGAGAUCGUGGCCCAGGAGAAGGCCGCCACCGCAGCGGAGCUGGAGGAUCAGGUGCACGGCGCAGGGAUCUACCUGGCUGGGAAAACAAAGAAGUACUGGGUGCACGAGAAAACCAGGUGCAACUGUUUCAUGCUGUUCCCCAGAGGGCUGUCCAUCACUUGGAGCGAGGACCCCAGAUACUGGAGCUGGCAUCCCCUGAAAGAAACAAGUGAUUCCGAGGUCGAGGCGGCGUCGCUGCAGAACGUGUGCUGGCUGGAGAUCCACGGGAAGCUGGAGCUGUCCCACCUCACGCCGGGCGUCAGCUACGACGUCGCCUUCGAGGUGAUGCUCACCGAGCCGGCGUACGGGUGGACCGCGCCGGUGAACCUCCGGCUCAAGCUCCCCGACGGGACGGUGCAGGAGCGGAAGGAGAAGAUGCAGGAGAGGCCCAGGAACCAGUGGAUGGAGCUCAAGGCCGGGGAGCUGAAGGCGCAACCGGGGCAGAAGGGCGAGGUGGAGAUCUCCUUGUUCGAGUACGAUGGUGGGCAGUGGAAGAGGGGCCUCCUCGUCAAGGGCAUCAAGGUUGUGCCAAAGGAGUGAUUAGCAUUUGUUUGAUGGUGAUCAUUAUUAGUCUUUGCCUGUCAGGUGUGCUAAGAUCAAUGAGAUACCAGGAAUAAAAUUGUGCGUGGCACUACAAGUUUUAAGCCUUGAAGGCUGAAUGAAACUUGAGUCUUUCUCAGAUGACAAUGACUCGGACGAUGUCAAAGUGAUCCACUUGAGAAGCAAAGUUUUGCA